AUGGAACCUAGUCGGACGCUGCUGUUGUUAAUUAACUUAUUUGUAGUAAGCUACUUGGCUAUGACUUCCUUACAAAUCAAUCAUGAGCACCUUAUCAAGACAUCGGAGUGUCAUAUUCCAUAUACCCCAAAAGAAAUGCAUGUUAUAAAAAAGUACACUGAUAAUAUCAAAUUGUGCUCCGCAGACGAUGAUUUAAUAAGCAAUCGGUUUGACGAGAAAAUUCAGCGAUAUGUGUUGAAUGUAAACGAUAAUAUUGCCCAGUUGAGACUAGGGGCUAUGGAAGAGAAAUCCCCCUUAGUAGGCUACAACUGCAGUUAUCGCAAAAUCCUUAGGGUCAAUCGCAAUACAACUGCCGAUGCACCCGUUUUUUUAAGUGAGGAAGUCGCGUUUUCGGAUGGCUAUGUUGUGCCCCGUGAUGUCGAGGGUCUAAAAGCAGCCUGUCGAAAUGAACUGGCCGAGGAUCUACAAUCAGACACUUUUGCCCUUGUGCAACCUCUUCAGACCUAUACCCCACUUAUUUCGUGGCAUAGAAGACCCAAUGUAGUUAUGAUUGGAGUCGCUGGCGUUUCCCAAAUCAACUUUCGACGCAAUAUGCCCGUAAUAUUGAAGCAUCUGAGAAUGCAGGGGUGGUUCCAAAUGGUCGGAUAUACCAGAGUGGGUGAGGGUGCCCUGCACAAUUUAAUGGCUUUACUAACCGGCUACAGUCCUCAUACUUGGAUGAAUCUGAAGUGCGGUUUAAAUAAAAUUGGUUGCAUUAAGACAAUGCCGUUGAUAUGGAUACGUUUUAAAAAGAAGGGCUAUAUCACUGCCUAUGCCGAAGGAAUGUCCGACUUGACAAUAUUCAAUCUGGACAAGUCUGGAUUUUUUGAAAGUCCUACGGACUUUUAUGCUCGACCUUUUCUGAAGCAAAAUAUGAGACGAGACUGCAUUGGCAGGCGUUUAAAUACCAAGUAUAUCUACGACUAUUGUGAGCAAUAUUUAAAGCGACAUGCAAACUCAACUCGACCGAUGUUUGGGCUUUUUUUUGCCAACAGUAUAAACCCUGAGCAAUCCUAUGCAAAUGAUAAAAUGCAAGUUGACCUCAUGGAAAUGUUGACAAAACUAAAGAAAACUGGUGUUCUUUCCCAGUCGAUUGUUAUUCUUUUCAGCGAUCAGGGUCCAAUGCGAAAGGGAAAGAAUAAGGACUUCGUGGAGGAAAGCCUGCCCAUUUUGUUUAUAUGGCUGCCACCGUGGUUCAGAGUAAUGCAUCCGGAAAUAGUUCAGUCCUUGAGGAUCAACAGUAACCGUCUGACUUCCCCAUACGACCUUCAUCUCACACUGCAGCACCUUUUGGAGCUGGGGGAACGUUGGCCUCGAGUGGUGGACAAGCUAGUGGAUUGUCCCACCUGCCAGACUCUCUUUGCUCCAGUCCCCGAGAAUCGUACUUGUUCGGAUGCCGGAAUAGGGGAAUCACACUGUCCGUGUGAUAGCUACAAGCUGCUUUACGUCAAGCAGAUUAAGCAAUUGUCCUUGGGAAAGCUACUCGUCCGUAGCAUCAACGAAUUCCUGCACCAUUACAAUUUGCAGGAGCUCUGCUCCAAUCUCACAUUGAAAUCGGUCAAAACGGUUCAACAACGAAAGGACAAAAAUUUGUCAGGUGGCAGCACCUAUCGAGUGCAAUUCACUGCCAGCCCGAAUAACCCAAGGUUCUCAGCCACUACGCGCUACAAUCACAAGCACCAAGUUUUGGAAUACAUAAAUGUAGAGUCCGUAAAUCGGUUGAAUCACUACCAAAAUGAUUCCAAUUGCAUGCGACGAAUACGAGGCAGGAAGUUCUGUAUUUGCGAGAGCCGAAUAGUAAAAAGUACUUCGCAAACAAAGGACAAUGCCAAAGAGAAACAGAACAAAAUAAAGAAAACGAAGAAAGAAGUUCAGAAACGUACUAAGCCGAAGAAGAAAAAAGUAGAUGAGAGCUUAUAUGAACUACCAGACAUGCAGCCAGAAAUCAACGAAGAUAUUGAAACUAUCUCCGUAUAGGUGUGUUAUGCCAGAAAUGAAGUCCAGCUCUCCCUACAUUUAGACUAUUUUAAUUAUAACGGAGUUGAGGAGUAGAGGUCUGCUGUUAGCUUUCUCAGCGUUCAUACGGACGGACAGACGACAGACAGACGGACAUCAUGAUCAAAAAUAUACUUUAUAGGGUCGGAAAAGCGCUUUUAAUCUAAGGGUAAGGUAUACAAAACUAAAAAUUAACUUUGCCGACUUAACAGCUUAUGUGAGUAACCAUUGUCCAAUUUAAUUUCAGCACGUAUUUGCUUUAUAAUACAAUUUAAAACAAGUAGAAAAAUAAUAUUUAUGGUGUAAAAUGCCCAUCACGUGCCAAAGCAUAAAUCACUAAAAAACCGUAAAAGAUAGAAAAGCGGAUAAGAUUUCUCAUAUUGAAUGACCUUUUCCCUUUAAAAAAAACGAUGACGUUAUGGUUAUCAGAUUAUUAUUAUGUAUACCGUGUUUUAUUUAUCCUAUUAUAACU